CCCUCCGGAAGCGUUUCCAACUUUCCAGAAGUUUCUUAGGACAGGCAGGAGGGGGUGGAGUCAGCCAUAUAUAGUUCCAGGGCCCGGGGCAGUGAGCUGAGCAGAGCUUGUCUGAGAGCGAGUGUCCUGUUGGUCCCGGAGCGGUCCGGCCCGGCCCAGCCCUCGCAGGUCCUCUGUGGUGCACACAGCCCGCCUCCCAGCCAUGCACUCUCUCCUUCUGGGCACCUUCUGCCUCCUGGCUGUGGCCCUGGCAGCCGAGGUGAAGAAACCCUUAGAGGCAGCCGCCCCUGGUACUGCAGAGAAGCUGAGCUCCAAGGCGACCACACUGGCAGAGCGGAGCACAGGCCUGGCCUUCAGCCUCUAUCAGGCUAUGGCCAAAGACCAGGCUGUGGAGAACAUCCUCCUGUCACCCUUGGUGGUGGCCUCCUCCCUGGGUCUUGUGUCGCUGGGGGGGAAAGCCGCCACGGCGUCACAGGCGAAGGCAGUGCUGAGCGCCGAGAAGCUGCGGGAUGAGGAGGUGCACGCCGGGCUGGGAGAGCUGCUGCGCUCUCUCAGUAACUCCACCGCUCGCAAUGUGACCUGGAAACUGGGCAGCCGCCUGUACGGGCCCAGCUCCGUGAGCUUCGCCGACGACUUCGUGCGCAGCAGUAAGCAGCACUACAACGUCGAACACUCCAAGAUCAACUUCCGGGACAAGCGCAGCGCCCUGCAGUCCAUCAACGAGUGGGCCUCGCAGACCACCGACGGCAAGCUGCCAGAGGUCACCAAGGAUGUGGAGCGCACGGACGGGGCACUGCUCGUGAACGCCAUGUUCUUCAAGCCACACUGGGAUGAGAAAUUUCAUCACAAGAUGGUGGACAACCGUGGCUUCAUGGUGACUCGCUCCUAUACUGUGGGCGUUACGAUGAUGCACCGGACAGGCCUCUACAACUACUAUGAUGACGAGAAGGAGAAGCUGCAGGUCUUGGAGAUGCCCCUGGCCCACAAGCUCUCCAGCCUCAUCAUCCUCAUGCCCCACCACGUGGAGCCACUCGAGCGCCUAGAGAAGCUGCUGACCAAGGAGCAGCUGAAGACCUGGCUGGGGAAGAUGCAGAAGAAGGCUGUCGCCAUCUCUCUACCCAAGGGAGUGGUGGAGGUGACCCAUGACCUGCAGAAACAUCUGGCUGGACUGGGCCUGACCGAGGCCAUCGACAAGAACAAGGCGGACCUAUCGCGCAUGUCGGGCAAGAAGGACCUGUACCUGGCCAGUGUGUUCCACGCCACUGCCUUUGAGUGGGACACAGAGGGCAACCCCUUUGACCAAGACAUCUACGGGCGUGAGGAGCUGCGCAGCCCCAAGCUCUUCUAUGCCGACCACCCCUUCAUCUUCCUGGUGCGAGAUAACCAGAGUGGCUCCUUGCUCUUCAUUGGGCGUCUGGUCCGGCCCAAGGGAGACAAAAUGCGAGAUGAGUUGUAGAGCCCAGAAAUGGGCAUGGCGUGGCAUGGCAGGAAGUAGCCAAAGGUUCCUGAGACACAUGGGUGCUAUUGUGGGGGGAGGGGGGCGCCAACCCUGGCUAUCCCAUGGGUGGGGGGGCUGGCAGUGCAGAUUGGGAUUCCCGUAUGUCUGAGUGGACAUUUUUAGCUGGAACCCACUCCAUUAGGACAUGGAGCCCAGCUACUAUGAUGCUAAAUUCAGGGGUGUCAUAGAAGUUUUAGAUCCAAUCUGCCUCAGCAGUCAAUCAGUGUUCAUAUUUAUGGCCAGGUAGCGUAUCUGUGAGACAGUUGAGUUGGGGGUAGGGCAGCCUAGCCCUCUUUGUCACCAUACCCUGAGUCCUUCCCAUUCUCCUGCCUAUCUCCCAACUCCCUUUUAAUCACAAAACUAGGUGCUGCAGCCCCAGGACUUAGAAUGACCCUUGCCCACAAUGCAAAUUAGGAGACAGCACAUAGGGAGGGCUCCCUGGCAUACCUGCUCUAAAGCCAGUACAUUGGGCAUCGCAGUUGCGAACUUUUUUCUCCCCUUUUCAGUUUUUCAGAGAUGGGGAGGGAAGGGGGAAAGUGAUCCUUUGUUGCUUUCAAAAUGAGAACAAUUUGUAUACUUUUUUUUUUUUGAAUAAAACUUUUCCAAUGAAAUGUUA